GGACGCGCUGUGGCUUGACGGCCCGCGAGGAUUGCAUUCGCCUGACCCGGCCCUGCUUGACCCUGCCCGGGCGCGCCAUGUUCGCGCGUGGGUCCCGGAGGCGCCGCUCAGGGCGUGCGCCUCCAGAGGCAGAAGAUCCCGACCGGGGCCAGCCCUGCAACUCAUGCCGGGAGCAGUGCCCAGGCUUCCUGCUGCACGGCUGGAGAAAGAUCUGCCAACACUGUAAAUGCCCGCGAGAGGAGCACGCUGUGCACGCGGUGCCUGUGGACCUGGAACGCAUCAUGUGUCGCCUGAUCUCAGACUUCCAGCGCCACUCCAUCUCAGACGACGACUCAGGCUGUGCCUCGGAGGAGUAUGCCUGGGUACCCCCGGGCCUCAAGCCGGAGCAGGUGUACCAGUUUUUCAGCUGCCUGCCAGAGGACAAGGUCCCCUAUGUCAACAGUCCUGGAGAGAAAUACAGAAUCAAGCAGCUGCUGCAUCAGCUGCCUCCACACGACAGUGAGGCCCAGUACUGCACAGCACUGGAAGAGGAGGAGAAGAAAGAGCUUAGGGCCUUCAGCCAGCAGCGGAAGCGGGAGAACUUGGGGCGUGGAGCAGUGCGCAUCUUCCCGGUCACCAUCACUGGGGCCAUCUGUGAGGAGUGUGGAAAGCAGAUCGGAGGCGGGGACAUCGCGGUGUUUGCCAGCCGUGCAGGCCUGGGCGCUUGCUGGCACCCCCAGUGCUUCGUGUGCACCACAUGCCGGGAGCUACUGGUGGACCUCAUCUACUUCUACCAUGCCGGCAAGGUGUACUGUGGCCGCCACCACGCGGAGCGCCUGCGCCCGCGCUGCCAAGCGUGCGAUGAGAUCAUCUUCUCCCCAGAAUGCACGGAGGCAGAGGGCCGGCACUGGCACAUGGGCCAUUUUUGCUGCUUUGAAUGUGAAGCUUCUCUGGGAGGCCAGCGCUACGUCAUGCGUCAGAGCCGGCCACACUGCUGCGCUUGCUACGAGGCCCGACACGCCGAGUACUGUGAUGGCUGCGGAGAGCACAUUGGCCUGGACCAGGGCCAGAUGGCUUACGAGGGCCAGCACUGGCAUGCCUCAGACCGCUGCUUCUGCUGUAGUCGCUGCGGGCGGCCCCUGCUGGGUCGCCCUUUCCUUCCUCGCCGGGGCCUAAUUUUCUGCUCGCGAGCCUGUAGCCUUGGGGCCGAACCGACCGCUGCCGGCCCAGGCCGCCGCAGCUGGAGUGCAGGUACAGUCACUGCAGCGCUCACAGCCCCUGACACAGCCUCCUUCUCAGCCGACGAGAGGGCAUCGGAGACUUCCACCAAAGGCACCUGCACGGAGGCGGAGCCUGUUGCAGGUCCCGAGGAGCCCUCCCGCUUUCUGAGAGGGGCGCCCCACCGCCACUCCAUGCCCGAGUUGGGGCUCCGCAGUGCCUCAGAGCCACCCUCGGAGUCCCCCAGCCAGCAGGACCCGCGCCCCGAAGAAGGAGCUUUCGGCCGCCAGAGCACUCCGCGGGUCAGCUUCCGAGAUCCGCUGGUGUCUGACGGAGGAGGUCCCCGGCGGACUCUGAGUGCUCCUCCAGCCCAGCGCCGCAGGCCACGCAGCCCCCCACCCAAGGCCCCCAGCCGCCGCCGCCGCCACCGCCGCCGCCACCACCAUCACCACCACCUCCGCCACCCUGACAGACGUCGUCACCACCAGUGUGACUUGGGAUCGGGGUCAGACUCGGGAUCUUGCUCCAGUUCUCCCUCCAGCCCCAGUUCCGAGUCCUCAGAGGACGAUGGCUUCUUCUUAGGGGAGCGCAUCCCUCUGCCCCCGCACCUGCGCAGGCCCUUGUCGACUCAGGAUGCUGCCACUGACACUGCCAACGCCCAGGCCCCACCGCUCCCCCCGGACUCGCGCUCAGGGAAGCCUGGCCAGCCGCGAAAUAAGAACUGCAUCGUGGCUUGAAGGCCGGCAACAUAGUGCAUCGGCUCCAUUCUGCAGGGCUGACGACUGCCCCCUCUGCAAGCUACUAAAUCAACAGUCCCCAUCCUUCCUCUCUCACUGUGUCACAUUACUGAAGUAACUCAAUAGGCCUGGCUUCUUUGCCUCCUUGUUCCAGCUGCCUCAACUCCCCCUCCCCAUGCUGAAAAUGUAUCCGUGAUCCAUCAAAGGAUUAAUUUAUUAUCACA